GCUCUCCCAGACCGGAGGCAUUUUUGCGACACUCCUCUGGGAGGCAUCUUCCUUACGAUAAUAGCCUCCAUCCGAAGAAACCAAAGCUUCAUAUUGCUCAUGAGAGUAGGUUUUCGUACUCAGUUAUUGCUUCAUGAUAGCGAUACAUUAUCUUUGUUUUCAGUGGUGUUCAAAUCAGAGAUUGCUUGGCAGGGAAUUUUAGGGCUGACUUGUCCCAGGCACAUUAUUACCUGCUCGUCCACAACACGAGCAUGCUCAAACAGCAGGCUUCAUGAGACCAAAUGAGAAGAUGGCAUGCUGUGGGCCUAGAUGUAAAGGAGAUAUCUGUCUUAAGACUCGGUCGAUACUUCAGGGGCUGGCGACAGAACUACUGUUGCUAGACUCGCAUCUGACCACUGCGCUUGGCCCAGCAUCCAGUGCUGCUACGCAGGCAAGUUACGGCUAGAUAAAUCGCUACAUUCGGUAGUUCAGUGUUGGUGCACCUUACUAACGUCAGCUUAGAAACCUGAAAUUGAUAGCACAGACUUUGACCGUAUUGCUUCUUGGGCACUCGAUGUAGUCAGAUGCAACAACAACAAUAUACAGGAGAAGACUUCAGCGUCGAUGAAACGAAG